UCUCGCAAAACAAAACCCAUCGGUCUCCUUUUCACACUCUCAGAGCCUCAGCUCGGAGCUCAGGUCACCACCACACAAGCCCCUCUUCUACUCCGUCUCUCCGAAACCCUAGAAUCAUGCUCGUCGGCGAUGAGGUAUCGGCCGUCGUAAUCGACCUCGGCUCCCACACUUGCAAGGCGGGAUACGCCGGGAACGAUGCGCCCACGGCUGUGUUUCCAUCGGUUGUUGGGUCAGUUGAUGAGUUCUCUGGAUCGGCUGAUGGACAACGUGAUUCUGACAAAAGAAAGGGAAAGCACAAUUUAUAUGUAGGAUCUGAAGCUUUAGGAUAUCGCCGGGAUCAUAUGGAGGUGCUGCCCUCCAUAAAGAAUGGAGUUGUUGUUGACUGGGAUGCUGUGGAGGGUAUAUGGGACCAUGCUUUCAGGGACUGCCUAUUGGUUGACCCUAAACACCAUCCAGUGCUACUUGCAGAGCCAUCUUUUAACUCCCAGCAACAAAGAGAAAGGACAGCAGAACUCAUGUUCGAAAAUUACCAAGUUCCUGCUUUAUUCAUGGUUAAUAAUGCUGUUCUCACAUCUUUUGCAUCUGGCCGAGCUACCUCGUUGGUAGUUGACAGUGGCGGAGGAUCAACUGCAGUUUCUCCAGUUUGUGAUGGUUAUGUUCUCCAAAAGUUUGUGUCAUCUGUUCCUAUUGGAGGAGAAUUUCUUUCUGAUUGUUUGAUGAAAAGUUUGGAAAGUAAAGGAAUGACAAUCAAACCCAGAUACUCUUUCAAGAGGAAGGAAACACGACCUGGAGAGUUUCAGGUUGUAGAUGUUGAUUCGCUAAACACCACAGAGAGCUACAAGCUAUAUUCCAAGAGGAUAAUUGCCAGUAAGAUCAAGGAAUGUGUGUGCAGAGCGCCUGACAUUCCAUAUGAAGAAAGCUCAUAUUCAAACAUUCCUAUGACCCCUUACGAGCUUCCUGAUGGCCAGACAAUUAAAAUUGGAUCGGAUAGAUUCAAAAUCCCUGAAUUACUGUUUAACCCAUCCUUAGCUCAGACGAUUCCUGGUGUGGAGAGUUUUGCAGAGAUUGCUUCUUCUUUUCGUGGCUUACCUCAAACAGUUAUAGACUGCAUUAACAAGUGUGAUGUGGACAUCCGUCGUGAAUUAUUUACUAAUAUACUGCUUGCUGGUGGCACAGCAUCAAUUCAACAAUUAAAGGAACGCCUUGAGAAAGACCUUCUGAAGGAGUCUCCCCAAGCUGCUAAAGUUAAAGUGUUGGCAAGUGGAAAUGCAACAGAAAGGAAAUUCAGUGUUUGGAUAGGCGGCAGUAUAUUGGCAUCUCUUGGUUCAUUCCAGCAAAAGUGGUUCUCCAAGGCUGAGUAUGAGGAACAUGGGGCUUCUUAUGUACACAGAAAGUGUCCUUAAUAUGUUUUGUCGGGAAUGAACUGCAAAUAGAAAAGGUUCGUCUUGUAUAUAUUCAUAUAUAUUACAUAUUAUAAACAUAAUUUUACCUUCCUACUUUCAGCUCUCAGUUGCGCUCUAUCAAAACGGACAUUUUCCAAAAAUGUCAAAGCUUUGAGCCAGUGUCCAGUUGUAGAUGGAGAAGUACUGUGUUUUUUAUUAACCGAUUUUUAGCUUAUUGACUAGGAUUGUUGGUGGUGCUUAUUGUUCAACUAGUU